AUGGGUUAAAGUGAUGACAGAGGUGCUACUCCCUGGCUCCAAGGGCAAGUUCUCAGAGUGCUCCCGCCCUUACCUGUCACACUCCUCAGAUCACCAGGCAGACCUGAGCUCCUUACAUGCUGGGCUGUGAGGAGCAGGAGGGUUGACUCGACUUUUCUAGAAUGGCUAAGAGUUGACAGGCCACAGGGCUCACGUGAGGAGAAACAAUUCAUUUAUUCAACAAACAUUUACUGCUCACUGCGUGCUGGAUACCCUUGGACCCCUCCUGCUUGUGUUUUUCUCUCCAACAUUUUAUGAAAAAUUUUAAACCUAACAGAAAAGUUGGUGAAAGAAUUGUACACUGAACACCAAUAUAUCUACCAAAUUUUACACAGUACUUUGUUAUAGUUGUUUUAUCACAUACCUAUCCAUUUCUUUAUCCAUCCAUUAAGUCACCUUUUUUUUGACUGAUGUGUUCUUGAACCAGUCAAAGCCUUCACUCCCCUGGAACGAGGCCAGACAACUUACCCAUCGCAACUUUCCACACAGGGGUGUCCUCUCUCUCAAGCUCAGCCUGAAGCUCAAUAACAGAUGGGCUUUAUAAUCCAAGGGCUUGCUUGUGGGAGCCCCAAGGCCUGGAGGUUGUCACAGAUUUGGUAGCUGUUGCCCUUCAGCCACAACUUCAGUCCAGUGAGUCUGCCAGUCACUGAGGACUCACACCUUGCCCUUCUGUAUGCCAGGCCCCUCACAAGCAUCAUCCAUCAUUAAGAGUGUGGAUUCUGGAGCCAGAGAGAUGAAGCUUUGGGCCCAACCCCACCAUGUCCUGGUGGGAGUCACCAUCUCUGAGCAAACCUGUGAGAGUGAAAAUAACUGCGACGAUGUCUUAGGAUUUACAACCUGCCAGAACCUCCCUCCUGGCCAUAUGGCCCUAGCCUUCCACAGCAUAACUGGCCACAGCUGGGCAUUCCCUCCACCAGACAGGAACACCCCUGGGUGCUGAGCAGUAUUCUCUGAGAAUCUGGGGCCCCUAAUAGUCCUGGGAGACCCCUUCCCUGAACCCAGCCACCAGGUUGCCACUGUAGACCUAAUCUGUCCUUGGAUGUGAGGUGUUUCUGGGCUAGGGGCCCAAUCAGAGGCUAGGCCUUGCAGGGUGGAGGUGGUGAGAGCCUCACACCUGGGUUCUGAUAAGUCUAGGCCUCCUGGGGCCCCUGGGUUGGGGGACCUUGAGCUAAAGAGACCCUCCUCCUGACUGGAGCGUGGGAGGGGGCUGAGCCUACAACAGCUGGCCUGGCCUUAGGCCCAGGACUUUGGCCCAAGGACAAGGAGUCUCAUAAAUAGCCAGGCCCAGGUCUUGACCUCACACCUGCCACAAUGCUGCUGUUCAGACUGACCCUUAGCCUGGUCCUCUUCGGUGCCUCCUGGGAUAAGUCCUCACCAGCCCAAUGGCUAGACUGCGUCAUUCCCGCCAUCAGACCCGCACUGAGCUAGAGGAUCGUCCGUGGGGAGAACCCAGAGCCAGGCUCCUGGCCCUAGCAGAUGUCCCUGCAGGACAGCAGUGGCUUCCACUUCUGUGGUGAGUCCCUCAUCAGCCAGUCGUUGGUAGUCACUGCUGCUCACUGCAAUGUCAGCCCAGGCCGCCAUUUUGUCAUCCUGGACGAGUACAACUGAUCAUCCAACACUGAGCCCGUGCAGGUUCUGUCCCUCUUGCAGGCCAUCACACACCCUAGCUGGAACCUCACCACCAUGAACGACUUGAUGAUUCUGAAGCUUGCUUCACCAGCCCAGUACACAAUCAUCUCACCAGUCUGCCUGGCUGCCCCAAUGGAAGUGCUGACUGCAGGCCUCAAAUGCACCAAUGGCUGAGGCCGCACCAGUGGUGUGGGCAAUGUAACACCAGCAUGUCUGCAGCAGGCAGCUCUGCCCCUGGUCACUGUGAGUCAGUGCAAGCGGUAUUGGGGCUCUGUCACUGAUGCCAUGAUCUGCGCAGGUCGUUCUGGUUCAUCCUCACGCCAGGGUGACUCUGGAGGCCCCCUUGUCUGCCAGAAAGGCACCGCAUGGGUGCUCAUUGGCAUUGUAUCCUGGGGCACUUCCAACUGCAAUGUGGGCACACCUGUCACAUACACUCGGGUUAGCAAAUUCAGCACCUGGAUCAACCAGGUCAUAGCCUACAAAUGAGUCCACCAUAAGCCCCUCUCCUGUCUCAGUCCAAUAAAGACUCCAGGCUCCAUUCUGUGUAUUCUUGUCUGUCCUCCUGACUCUGGGGGAAGGAGGGGCUCUUGGGGGUCCUGGUCCCCACUUGGACUUCGUUUUCUGACAGAGCAGGUGGUGAGAAGUCAGGAUCUUCCUACAGUAGCUAUGCCCAGGCUGGGGCCUUUAUCCCUCCUCCUCCUGAACAAUCCUUGGUCCUACAACAAGGAGCCAGGACUCACGGAACAAAUGGGCAGCCUUCCCUAGGGAGGGCAGCUUGUUUAUUGAGUACAGAGAAUACAUUUACAAAAUGAGUACACAAAAUAAAUAACUGCACAUUCUCCAUCCACGGUCCAUGGCAUGAAGGCCCAGGUGGAGGGCUAUGAAAGGCCCAAGUCUCCAAACCCCUUUGUCCGACCCUCAGGACCAGGCCCAACCUGAGCCCAAGAGGGAAUAAAUCCCUGGGGCUUCAGGCCUCCAGAGGCACUUAGGGGAGGUGGGGGGCCAUAACAUUCAGGCUCUCCACUGCCUCCCACCCCAGGGCACUGGCAGACGGAAGGAGGGGGUGUAUAAGGCACAGUCAACUUGGCAUAGAGUGGUUAGUCUCUUUGGCUUGGUUUCCCACUGGAGAAGGCACACGCAGAAAGAGGAGAGCCUAGCUAAGGCUGCCCACUGGGAGGAGCUGAGUAGGGACCAAACCCUCCCUUGCUGGCAGGGGCCCUGCAGUCCAGCUAUGACCAAAGCUGGGCCCUGACCCUUCCCACUCCCUAGAAGCAGCUGUGGAGGGAGGGAGCUUGGGGAUGGUUCUGGCUCAGACUUUUGGAAAAGCAGCCACCCAGCCCCACCCACCUCCUGCAGGGGCCACCUCCAUCUGAGGCUCAGUGGGGCCCAGACUGGAAGGCUAAUGCUGUGAAAGGAAGCAGGGGCAGGCUGAUGGCCAAGGCCAGCUGUGAGAAGGCCAGUGCUCCUAGGCACUCAGGGUUCAGAGGCAGGUCACAGAGUAUGGCUAAGUUCCAGAGAGAGGUGUAUAGAAGCUCAGCAAAAAGGGAGGACCGAGCAGCCCAGGGAACCUCACCCAUGCAGCAGCUCCUCCCUUCCCACUUCCCCUUGGAGGACAAUAGAUGUGCAAGGUGGUCACUCCUAGGCUGCCCACACCCAUUCCAGACACUAGAUUGUGCCUUCAUGCAGCUGCUGAGGAAAGAACAGUAGGAGGGCUGACAAUGAAGUCUUGAUGGGGUUCUCCUGGAAGCCCCUACCUUCUGCCUUGGCCCAGGUACCCCCAUCCCCAGGUAGCAGCAGUGGGGUUCCCUGUAACCCUCCACAGUUGGGAGGGAGGCACCUGGGGAAUAGAGCAAGUAUCCAAGGGGGAGAGGGAGGUGAUGGUAGGCUCUGCAGAGGCACUGAGGGCAGUGGG